AUGGGCUGCCUACCACCUUGCCUUCCCAGGCUCCUCCUGCCUUCCCAGGCUGCCGGCUCCUCUCAGGCCCCCGAAGUGGCCUGUUCCCUCCCACACGGCUGUAAGCAGGAUGCAGUUUGUCGCCCAGAUGCAGACAUGCUGGACUACCUGCUGAGCCUGGGCCAGAUCAGCCAGCGGGAUGGCCUGUUGGUCACCUGACACUAUGCUGCCAACAGCCAGAAGGACAUGAGGACUGCCCUGGAAAGCGACGUCAUGGUCCUGGAGGUGGAUGUCAACCUAGAAGAGCUCAACACAGCCAACGAGACAGGGGUUCCCAUCAUGGCGCACCCCCCACUCAUCUAUAGUGACAACACCCUGGAGCAGUGGCUGGAUGCUGUGCUGGCCUCUUCCCAGAAGGGUAUCAAGCUAGACUUUAAGAGUAUCAAGGCUGUGGGCCCCUCCCUGGACCUCCUGCGGAGACUGACAGAUGCUGGGAAAGUCCGGAGGCCUGUAUGGAUCAAUGCCGACAUCCUGAAGGGCCCCAGCGUGCCCAUCUCCAUCGAAGUCAAUGCCACACAGUUCCUGGCCUUGGUUCAGGAGAAGUAUCCUGAGGCCACCCUGUCUCCAGGCUGGACCACCCUCUACGUGCUCCUGUUGCCGAACAGCACAUACACCCGAGCCAUGAUAGAGAAGAUGCAGGAGCUGGUGGGAGCGCUGCCGCAGAGGGUCACCUUCCCCGUGCGGGCUGUCAUGGCGCGGGCUGCCUGGCCCCAUUUCAGCUGGCUGCUGGGCCAGUCGGACAGGUACAGCCUGACACUGUGGCAGGGCGUCUCGGACCCCGUGUCGGUGGAUGAUCUUCUCUACAUCCGGGACAACUCUGCCAACCACCAAAUCUACUAUGACCUCUUCGAGCCUGUCCUGUCGCAGUUCAAGCAGCUUGCAAUGAACGCCACAUGGAAGCAAAGUUACUAUACAGGAGGCAGCCUGAUCCCCCUUCUCCAGCUCCCCGGGGGCGACGCUCUGAGCGUGGAGUGGCAGCUUCCAGGUAUCCAGGGCAAUGCAACAGCAGCAACAGUUCAACUCUCAGGAAAAGAAGGCAUGAUCCUGCUGAACGUCGGCCUCCAGGAGCCUGGCGCUGGAGAUGCCAUGCCCAUCGUGUAUGCCUCGGGUGACUCUGCCCUGGCGCUGGAGUCGUGCCUGCUGCAGCUCACCACACACCCUGGACGCUGGGGAGUCCAUUUGCUCAUAGCAGAGCCCACAGCCCUUCUGCCAGCCCUGGCCGUGCUGGCCCACCUCUCCAACCUCAGUUGCUUCUCUCUGCCUGUGUGGGUGGGGGCCACAGUCUCCCAUGGGAGCUUUGCAGUGCCUGGCUACGUGCCCGGCAAGGAGCUGCUCACCGCUGUGGCUGAGGUUUUCCCCCACGUGACAGUGGCCCUGGGCUGGCCUGAGGAGGUACUGGGCAAUGGCUACAAGGAGCAGCUGCUCCCGGAUGUGCUGGAGCUGAGCAAGGGCCUCUGGCAGUGUGUGUCCUUCCAGCUCCAGUCUGGGCCGCUGGGCCAGAGCACGGCCGGGGUGGUGGCCAGGUUACUGGCAGCCUCCCCCAGGGCCACCAUCACAGUGCAGCACAGCCCUUGGGCGGGCAACUAUACAUCUGUGUGGAAAGGGCUGCUGGCGGCCAGGGCCGUGGACAAGACCCGGGUCUACUACAUGCUGCUCAAGGGUUAUCACGAAGACCUGCUUGCAGAUGUUGGCAGAAACUGACCUCCCAGUGGUGCUGGACAGGAGGUCCCUGGGGUCAGGCUUCUCGUGGGGGAGGAGGAAGAAAUAAACGCCC